GCUGCAGGAGGACGCGCAGAUCAAGAUGGCGCCGUCCCUGCAAUUUCUUCCAUCGCUGUCCCGCUUCCUCUCCGGAUCCUCGCUGCCGAGCCACACUUUGGCUCGUUCAGUAUUUUACAUUCGAGACUUCCCAAAUGAUAAACCUAACUGGCUGAAAGUUAUACUAACUUUGGGCACUGCUGCAGGCCUGUGGACCUAUCUCCUCAAACAACACAAUGAAGAUAUUUUAGAAUAUGAAAGGAGAAAAGGGCUGGAAUAAAUUAUUUGAAUCUGUUUCUUUCCUAAUUGUGUACUGUAAGAAGUGAAGAUAACCAGUUUGUGGGUCCAUGGAAUGAUAUAUCAGAAAAACAACUUAUAUUAAGAUUUCUGUAUGGUAUCACAAAAAUGUACAAAUAAAAACUUGCCUAAAAAGGAUAUCUGAAAUCCAGCCUCCGACACUUCCCAGCUGCGUGACCCUGGGCAAGUCACUUGACCCCCAUUGCCCACUGUUACCGCUCUUCCACCUAGGAGCCAAUACACAGAAGUUAAGGGUUUAAAAAAAAAAUAAAAACGAUAUCUGCCCACUUUUCAGAUUAUAUACAGCCUAUCAAUUUGUAGAAAAGUCAGUUUGGAACCAGUGUUUAAUCUAGUUAUGUAGAUGAUAGGGACCUUACUUAUAUUUGUUAGGCAUCAAUAUAGAUAUGUAAAUUAAGAAUUUUGGUAAAAAUAAAAUGAAACCCACAGCCUGAAA